AUGGCCGAGUGUGGGGAUGUGAAUAUUAUUUUAUCCUUCAAGAUGAAUAAGAAACUAAAUAAAUCUAAUUUAGAAAAUGAAAAAUAUGUAGAUAAACUAUUAGAAUUGUUGGAAAAUGGGGAUGAUUCGGAUAUUGAUGACAGAAGAAAUCCAAAUGGACUUGCCCACAAUUUUAUACCAUAUCAAGGUAGUACCACUGAAAUAAACAGAGACAACGUGAAAAAAUAUGGCCAGAGUAGUGCAAUUGUUUUAGAAUUACUAGAAAUCACAAAGAAAGAAGGUCAUACAGUGUAUUUUGACAAUUAUUUCAACUCUAAUGCUCUUCUUCUGCGAUUAUUGGAAUUGAAAAUGUAUGCUGCUGGUACAGUUCGUAUGAAUAGGUUUUAUAAACCACAUUUUAUAUCUGAUAAAGAUAUAAAAAAGAAGAAAAGAGGCUAUUCCGAAGAUCUAGUUAGUCAGGAUGGCAUUAUCAUGGUAAAGUGGCUGGACAACAAACCAGUUCAUAUGGCUUCCAACUUUGUUGGCACUGGAACAAUUGAUAAAGCAAAACGGUGGGAUAAGCAAAAAUCAGCAUAUAUCGAAAUUGAUAGACCUGAAGUUGUUAGGCAAUAUAACAGCAACAUGGGAGGAGUUGAUCUGCUCGAUAUUUGGAUAGAGUAUAAACAAGAUUGCAUCGAAGCUAAAAUUCAUAAAAAAGAUAUUAUGGAUUUGUUGGAACUUCGUAUGCACGUUUCCAAAAGUUUAAUUUAUAAGAACAAGCUUAAAUAUCACAAGACGUACAGCAAGGAGACCGAUCACGAUGCGUUGCAGAGAAAGAUUGCAUGA